CCGGCUCUGCUGCCGAGACACUGGAGUUAACAAACACGGCUCGACUGUACGGUAAGAUCAUCAUUCAUCAUUCAUAUGCUAUCUGAACAAUGUAGCUAUCAUGACCUGACAUCGCUCGUUCAUUCAUCCCAUCAUCCACCUGGCUAUACCAUUCGGUGCCCUGGUAUAGAGCGGAGCUUGUCCUUUUCCUCCCACAACCCUAACCGUCCUCAUCUCACCCCCCCCCCCAAAACACGCCCCCAUUUCCGUCUCCCCCGAAGCGAGUCCGGCUCUUCGGAACGGCCCGGCUCGCCUCUCUAUUUGUCCCAUUUUUUUUCUUUCUCUUUUUGGGCUUUUAUGUAUAAGUCUGAUAGACGUAGCAGAAGCCGCCAAAGGAGUGACUAUUCUCGGAUAGAUGGCGGGCAUUCACGCCCAGCUGGUUCGGUCUUGCAACCCGGGAAGCGACUCCCAUUAGGGGAAGUUUGGUUGGAAACAACGUAAAACACGCAAAAUCGAUGGCUUAUCUGCGCACCACAAUACCCUGGCGGCGAACGGCGCUCCGGGCCCGUCGGUACUCCUCAUCGCUAUCGGACUCCGAGCAGCUGGCCUCGG